AACACUGGUGACUUGCACGUGCGGCAUAGACUUGUUUUGAUUUGUAAUGGAAAUUUUUAAUAAUCGUCCAGGAUUUUGUCCGUCCUGUGGAUCAAUUUUGCCGCCUCUGCAAGUUAAAGGAAACGUCUUUUGCUAUAACUGUAAACAAGAGUUCUCUCCAGAUGUUUAUAGCGGUGAGACAUCCGAGUACACAAUACACUUUAAUUCCUACGAUCCCAGCAAGCUGUCCAAGAAAGGAAACCGUGAGACCGAUACUGCAGAGGCUGAUGGUCCAGUUGUAGAGCGGAAGUGUCCCAAAUGCGGCAACGACAAAAUGUCCUAUGCCACCUUGCAGCUACGUUCGGCGGAUGAAGGUCAGACUGUAUUCUUCACCUGUUUGAAGUGCAAAUACAAAGAAUCGGAGAACUCCUAAAUGCAUCAUUUUAGCCUGUUACUCAACAAAUUGUGUAAAUACAAGUAUCUUAAAUUAAUGAAAAUAACUGUGCUCGACAGCCUGAAAAUAUAGAUGGAAAGA